AUGUCUCAACCGGCGUGGAUACACAGCAUCCGACAUCCAUGGUUCCAGCAAGCAAGUAGAAAGCGACCCCUCAACGACGCCGGCGCAGACUCGCGCGAUAGCAAGAGGCAAUGCACUGACCUCGAGCGCGGUUUUGCCCAUCUAUACAUUGGCAAUCACACCAACCCCGUCCAUUUACUUCCCAAUCCUUCUCCUGCCGUUGAAAUCAUACCAGACUCCUCGGAACCAAGCACCAUGGAUCUCGACGACAUGCCUGCGGUGGCCACGGAGGGUGCCAUCCUUCCCAGUGAAGUCGAAGAACCCACGUCUCCUUUGACUGGCAUUUCGGCAGAUCCCUUGUCCACGCAGUCGCGAGUACAGCGUUCGUGGUCAGAACCAGAAAAAGAUCGCAUUAUAGUGACUAGUCUCGACGACUCGGACGAAGACGAGGAUGAAAAUGAUGCAGGUGGCUUCAAGAUAUCAUCUGCCGUAUUAGAGCUCCUCCGCAACCCACCAGCCACGACGUUGAUCCCGUUGCAGAGGGUGGAUAAGGAGGAUACAAGUAGGGCAUUGAUAUUGUUUAAACCUGUGUCAGCAAUCGUACCAUCGCCUGACGAGUUGGUUGACGAGGACUCGUCAAGCCAGCCAGUAGUGGAUUCGAAUGCGAUGGACAUUGAGAUGAACUGAGCCAAAGAUUUACAAAUCACAACAUGUUUGAUAUUAUCUGAGAGCACAAGGUCUAGAGCGGAGUUGGACAGGACAUCUAUGUAUGUAAACAGCAAAAUAGAAAUAACACUGCAAGAACAAC